CAGGCGCAGGCGCGGGAGCGGCUGGGGGGGGGGGCGUGACCAGGCUGGGUGCGCGGGCGCGCGCAGGCGCAGCCCCAUGUGCCGUCCCAGUCCGCCUGGCGCUCCGCGGCGUCCGGUUCCGCCUGGCCCUCCGCCUGCCCCGAUGCCGGGUCCGGCCUGGCCAUGGGCGCGGGCUCAGUGCGGGCGCGCUACCUCGUGUACUUCCAGUAUUUGGGCACGGACUUUAACGGGGUCGCGGCAGUCAGGGGCGCCCAGCACGCCAUCGGAGUCCAGAACUACCUGGAGGAGGCCGCAGAGCGGCUGAACUCGGUGGUGCCGGUAAAGUUCACUAUCUCCAGCCGCACGGAUGCUGGGGUCCAUGCCCUGAGCAACGCGGCGCACCUGGACGUCCAGCGCCGCUCAGGCCUGCCCCCCUUCUCCCCUGAAGUCCUGAUGGAAGCCCUCAACACCCACCUGAGGCACCCGGCCAUCCGGGUACUGCGGGCCUUCCGUGUGCCCAGCCACUUCCAUGCCCGCCACGCAGCCACGUCCAGGACCUACCUGUACCGCCUGGUUACCGGCUGCCGCAGGCCUGACCAGCUGCCCGUGUUUGAACGAAACCGGUGCUGGGCGCUUCGGGCUGACUGCUUAGACGUGGCUGCCAUGCGGGAGGCCGCCCAGCACCUCCUGGGGACACAUGAUUUCAGGGCCUUCCAGUCGGCGGGCAGCCCGGCCACCAGCCCAGUGCGCACCCUGCGCCGAGCCUCCGUGUCCCCCGACCCUGCCGGCAGCCCCUUUGUCCUCCCCGAGGAGAGCAGGCAGUUGCGGUUCUGGAGCCUGGAGUUUGAGAGCCAGUCCUUCCUAUACAGACAGGUGGGCUGUGUCCUGGGGCCCUGCCGGGGGUGGGGCUGGGGCUCAGGUGGCUGCAGCAGUCUUCACCUUGGGUCACAGGUGCGGAGAAUGACAUCUGUGCUGGUGGCCGUGGGGCUGGGGGCUUUGAUGCCUGCUCAGGUGAAGGUGAUUCUGGAAAGCCAGGACCCCCUGGGCAGGCACCAGAGCCGUGUGGCUCCCGCCCACGGCUUGUUCCUGAAGGCGGUGCUCUACGAGGGCUUCGAGUCCACAGCACGGAGGUCACAGGUGACCCCCUGAUACGCAGCAAGGUCAGGGCAGCUGUGGCACACUAGGCCCAGCUGCUGGACGCUCCCAGCUCUGUACACCACCGUGCAUCACACACAGACCACAGCAGGCCCCACGCCUCCUGUCAGCCUGGACCUGCCACAAGUCCCCGCCUGCCCGGGUGGGCUGCCAGAGGUGGGGUGCAGGAGACAAGCGCAAGCACCGGAAAGCGAGACACCCAAACAGCCUGUGGUGGUUUUUACUGGAAAUCACCCCGGGAGCCCCCCCCCCAUUUCCUGGGAGCCCAGGAGCAGAAAUAAAAAGUGAAAAGCC